UGACUUUGUUUCACACAUAGACUGUAUGGUUUCGCAGCGUUAUCGUAACGUUAUCUCACAUCCCGUUCGCGGAUAAUGACAUGGCUGGAUAGCUAGAUUGUCUUGUUGUUCAAAAUACUGUCACAUUAUUUUUACUGAUUGCCGCAACGUUAGCUAGCCCCUCCUGUGACCUCAGCACUGUGCAAAGUAACGUUAACUUAUUAAUUCCACAAGUUGGUCACAUAGCGUUCCCUACAUAGCAUACAUCUAAAGAAAAACCUUUAUCUUAUUUCUGUCACUUGUUGUCCAGCAACGGGUUUUUAAAACGGUAUUUUGAGUGCAGCGAUGUCCGCUAUCUAGGCGAAAUAUUGAAGUGUUUAACCAAAUUUCAGCGGAAUGUUUAGCUACGUAACUAGCGUCUAGCUAAUAACGUAGAGAAGAAGCAGUACGGCUGCAACGGCACGGACUGGGCAGAGGUUACAGCCGUAUACGUACCCGGGCAAACAUUUUAUUAUCCUAGGCAGAGUAUCUGUGGGACCACACAAAUGUAUUUUAAGAUACUGAAUAACGGGAAACGAAAUAUAAUUUGAUUUUAAGUUUUCCGUUAGGAAUCCAAUGUGUGUACGAAGUUCUGAGGUCGCAAAUUGGGAAAAGUUAAACAUCAACCACAACAACACAAACGGUGACACUAUUUCUUGUUUAGCGAGGUGAGCAAUUCUUAAAGUCAAUGGUUUGAUGAGGCAUCAACGAAGGGGUGAUGUUUUAUUACACUUACAAAAGACGCUGCCAUAGAUGUAUAUCUAUGAGACGCUGCGACGAAAGGAAAAUCAGCCGUUUGUCAGGUGGAACCAAAGAAAGACGUUCAGAGUGGAUGGGAGGACGGAUUUUACCAACCAGUCUUGCAGUACGUGGAGGAUAAUUUGCUUCAAAACUCCAAAGCCAACGCCGACAGCUCUGUGUUGGUCGGUUAACUGUCACACGGGUCCCGAGGCGGUUUUAGGAGCCCACCAUAACCAGGUAACAAAAAGGCGCAGAAAAGAAAGAUCUUCAUGUCAGCUAGUACUGGAGCGCUUUGACCAGCAGUACAGUCAGGAACUUGGAGACCUGUGGUCUUCUGCAAGAGCAGUGCUCCUGGACCCUCACUCUUGGCAGUAUGGGGUCAUGCUCAACCGCUUCACCACUGUGACAGGCAUCACACAGACUCUCCAAUCACAGGGCUUUUCCACAUUGCUGCCAUGUGCUGCAGUGUCUAAAUACCAAGCAGGCUCUCUGUUGCCACCUGACUACAUCUCCAAGUGCCCUCCUAAUGACUCCCUUCUCCAACCUGACAGCACCUCUCAUGAGCUCUGUCAAGACUUUCAGUCAGAGCCUUCUCUUAGUUUGCCCCGUCCUACAUUACAAUGUUACAUCCAUCCAUAUCCACUGCGGUUUCCCUCUCAGGCUCACAGGCCUGGCCAGCUGAAGCAGUACUACCUCCUGAAUGCUGCCUCCCUGCUUCCAGUGCUGGCUUUGCAAGUCAGAGAUGGGGAGAAGGUUUUGGAUCUUUGCUCUGCCCCUGGGGGCAAAGCUUUAGCCAUAACACAGUGUGCCACCCCAGCACUUCUCUGCUGUAAUGAACCCGACCCUCACAGACGGGACUGGCUGGCCAAAACUCUGGAGUCUUUUCUGCCUCAGUCACUAAUCAGCAGAGUGAUUGUGUCGGCACAGGACGGACGGUCUUUUGGGCAAAGUGAAGCAGGAACAUAUGACAAGGUUUUAGUCGAUGCUCCAUGUUCUAACGACAGGAGCUGGUUGUAUUCUUGCAGCAGCCAGCAGGGGGAACAGAGACUGAAGGAAAGAGCCAAGCUGCCAGCGCUCCAGGCUCAACUGCUUAGGUCUGCGCUGUCAGCGGUGCGUCCAGGAGGUGCUGUGGUCUAUUCAACUUGCACUCUGUCCAGCUCUGAGAACUGUGCUGUGGUUGAGACAGUGCUGAAUGACUGUCCAGAGGCGGAUCCCGAAGACCUGUGGGAGGAGAUUGCCAUUCCUUUAGCAAAAUACUUCACAUUUAGCCCUGCUCACCCUGGUCAUGGACAAACACCUCACAAGCCAUCCCUGCAGCCACAGAAUGGCACUUUGUCCCCUUAUCGCCACAGACUCGGCAUUUUAGUGGUUCCUCAGCCCGGAAAGACCUGGGGGCCAAUGUUUUUGUCUCGGAUCAGAAGAAGGAAAUAGUGUGUAUCCUCCUGUGCGGAAAAGAUAUUUGGAAACAAGUGGCUAAACAUACACAUUUGCUUUGUACAACAUUUGUCACCUGUGGGUUUUUUAAGAUGCAAAGUAUCUUAUGGAACUGGCAUGUAACUCACUCACACAAACUGACAAACAGAAAUUCACAUUUGAUAUACCAAUGUUGUGUUAAGAACUUUUUUUUUCUGCUGCCCCCAAAUGGCAAAAACAAUAAAUAAUCGCAGGUUUCAUUGUAUUUUUUUAGCCUCUGCAACCCACCCCUUAUUUAUUAUUAUGAUUUAUCGUUUAUGGCAACUAUAGAAAACUACUGACACUGCACAUGUACAAUUCAAUGAUAUCGACUGAAAUUUUUUUUUUUAAGUGCUUCACAUUUAUAACGGUGUGUCCACAUGGUAUAAUAAAAUUGAUAAUACUAUAAGACUGCAA